GUUAAAAAAAAUGUUCUGCCUCUGCGAGAAAAUUGUUUUAAAAUGAAGUGUGAGGAAGAAAAGGCGGUGGGAGUGUAUUUCGUUUGAAUGGCAUUUUAAUUCUUUUUCAUUUUUAAACAGUAACGUUCGGAUUGUUUGAAAGCUGACGAUCGGCGCUGUGUUUUGGCGAGGGGCUGCAGGUUCCGGCGGCUCUGUCGCUCGCUCGGUUGGUUGGUUCCUGUUUGGGGUGCGAGGCGGCCGCUGAGGGGGAAAAGACAUCAACAAUAUGGCGGCGGUGGAGCUGGAAUGGAUUCCUGAAACCCUGUAUAAUACUGCAAUCUCGGCUGUGGUGGACAGCUACACACGCUCCCGAAGGGAGAUCCGCUCGCUGCCCGAAAAUAUACAGUUUGACGUUUAUUACAAGCUUUAUCAACAAGGACGUUUAUGCCAACUUGGUGGUGAAUUCUGUGAGCUUGAGGUGUUUGCCAAGGUACUUAGAGCAUCAGACAAAAGGCAUCUCCUGCAUCACUGUUUUCAAGCAUUAAUGGAUCAUGGAGUAAAGGUGGCUUCAGUAUUGGCCAAUUCUUUCAGCAGGCGCUGUUCAUAUAUUGAAGAGUCAGAUGCUCAUGUGAAAGAAAAAGCAAUCCAGUUUGGAUUUGUUUUAGGUGGCUUUCUUUCUGAUGCAGGCUGGUAUAGUGAUGCUGAGAAGGUGUUCCUUUCUUGUCUGCAGCUAUGUUCGCUACAUGAUGAGGUACUUCAUUGGUUUCGUGCAGUUGAAUGCUGCGUCAGGUUACUCCACGUGCGCAAUGGCAAUUGUAAGUACCACUUGGGGGAAGAGACCUACAAACUUGCCCAAACCUACAUCGAUAAACUGGCAAAACAUGGUCACCAGGCAAAUAGAGCAGCACUCUUUGGAGAGCUAUGUGCAUUACUCUUUGCUAAAAGUCAUUAUGAUGAGGCUUAUAAGUGGUGUGUAGAAGCCAUGAAGGAAAUCACAGUUGGCUUGCCCGUGAAAGUAGCAGUUGAUGUUUUGAGGCAAGCUUCAAAAGCUUGCGUAGUGAAACGGGAAUUCAAGAAAGCAGAGCAGUUAAUAAAACAUGCUGUGUAUUUAGCGCGGGAGCAUUUUGGUCAAAAGCAUCCCAAAUACUCUGAUACCCUCUUAGAUUAUGGAUUUUACUUGCUCAACGUAGAUAAUAUUUGUCAAUCAGUUGCUAUUUAUCAGACAGCACUCGAUAUCCGGCAGUCAGUAUUUGGAGGCAAGAACAUCCACGUAGCAACAGCUCAUGAAGACCUGGCCUAUUCUUCUUACGUACAUCAGUACAGUUCUGGGAAGUUUGACAAUGCACUAUUCCAUGCUGAACGUGCCAUAGACAUCAUCACUCAUAUCCUUCCUGAAGACCAUUUAUUGUUGGCUUCUUCUAAAAGGGUUAAAGCGCUUAUACUGGAGGAGAUUGCUAUUGACUGUCAUAACAAGGAAACUGAGCAACGGCUUCUUCAGGAGGCUCAUGAUUUGCACCUUUCUUCACUCCAGUUAGCCAAGAAAGCCUUUGGUGAAUUCAAUGUGCAGACUGCGAAGCACUAUGGAAACCUCGGCAGGCUCUAUCAAUCUAUGCGGAAGUUCAAGGAAGCAGAAGAAAUGCAUAUAAAAGCAAUUCAAAUUAAGGAGCAGCUCUUGGGCCAAGAAGAUUAUGAAGUGGCAUUAUCGGUGGGGCAUCUAGCAUCUCUCUAUAACUAUGAUAUGAAUCAGUUUGAAGAUGCUGAAAAACUUUAUCUGAGGUCUAUAGCUAUAGGAAAGAAGCUAUUUGGAGAAGGUUACAGUGGACUGGAAUAUGAUUACAGAGGUCUCAUCAAACUGUACAACUCUAUUGGCAAUUUUGAGAAAGUAUUUGAAUAUCAUAAUAUUCUGUCUAACUGGAACCGCCUGCGGGAUCGACAGUUUGCCAUAAGUGAUGCCCUUGAGGAUGUAAAUGGCAGCACGCAAUCCACAGAAGAAGUGGUCAGAUCGUUCCUGUUAGCUCAGCCUACAAUUGGACAGGGUUGCUGAGGAUCAAAACCGGAUUAAAUUGUCACGUACAGUCUUUAUUCCCUGGACUGCAAGGGAGAAGCAUACUGUGAAACAAUCCAGUAACUACACGUAAUACCAUUAGGGUAAUUACUUUCAUUUAGGUGUUAAACUCAGAGGUAAAGGUAAUGGAAAAAAAAAUUCAUGUAAUAGAUACAAGACUAGGAAAGAACUGACCAGAAACAGUCGCCAUGGCAUGUCAUUGUCUAGUAAAGUUUGCAAAUGCUGAUGACAGGAGGAUUGGUCUCGGCACCUGAAUGCCAUAAAUAUUGGUUAAAGUGAAGCUAUUUUGCAGCUGCAGCCUUUUACUUUUAAUUAUUUUCAGCCAUUUUGCUGCUGACCACAUAACUUUUGACUAGUAAUCCAACCAUUUCUUAAUGCAUAAUCAGAUUGUUCCAGGAUGGGCAAUUUUAAACCAGCCUUGCUAACUAUUGACUGAAUUUAUUUGGCAUCUUGGAAGUUAUAGCAGUUCCUUGUGAAGUAUGCUAAACUGGUGCCAUCGCACUGCUUGCCUCCACAGCAUCGCAGUUAGUCCUAAUUAUUUUGCUGUGUCACCAAUUGCAAAAUGACAUCCUUAAGGGCACUGUGAUAGGUUUGCUGUACAUUACAGUAUGUCACUAUAUUCCUAGGUAUCUAUAGCAUGAGUGGCCUUAGUGAGUUUGUUGAAGUGCACAUUUUUUAAAAUUGAAAUAUUAAAGGAGAUAUCUAGAAGUUGGUUUGUGGUGCACAGUUAAGUGUUGGAUCACUAACUGAUGUUUUUAGGUACCAUUUGUCAUCUUUUUUUUAAAAUUCAACUUCUAUUCCUCUUUGGGAAUAAUAUUGCCAUGUUCUGCAUUAAGUGAAUAAUAAAGUUUUGAUAACAUUGAGGAUCUGGAAAAGAAAAAGGUCAACAGUGUUCAUUUUAUUGCACAUUUAAUUAAACAGUACUAUUUUUGUACUUUACCGAAUUGCUUUGACAGCAAUGGCUUAACACUAUUACCAUAUUCAGCCUGUGCUGUUCGAAAGCAAAAUGACAAGCAGACACUCAAAAGAUACUUGAGCAGAAAUCCAUGUAAUAGUGCCAUGCUGAAUUUAUACAACGACAUUACAAUUUUGUUUAAUUUUAGUUCCAUUUAUUUGUGUACAGAAACUUUUAGUGUAAUGACACAGGCUGCAGCGCCCAACAUUAUGUGCAACCGUCAGACCAUUAUUGCUUAUGUUUGUAACAAACAUUGUGAUAUUCUGUAAGUGUACUACUAUAAAACAUUAUUGAUCUGCUAAAUAUAGUGUUCAUGCACAAUC